UGAAAGUGAUAACUGAAGGGGGUGCAGACAAGCUUGCUCGCAUGCUGGUGCGCAUGCCAGACAAACAGGUGGCUCACCUCGUCACAUCACAUUCGCUGACACAGCGAUCCGGAUAUAUCGAGAGAGGCAUCAAUCAUAAGCUAGUGAGAGGGGCUUGUAAAAGCCUGGACAAUAUGGUGAUGUGGGUCCUAGAGGCAACGAUGGGGCUCAGAGAUACCGAAGACGAAGAAGAGAUCUUCCAAGACGACUGCCAGCCUGACCGCUUCAAGUUAAAGCCCUAUCAGCAAGCCCAGGCGCGCCUGUCGACAGGAGCCGGAGGACUAGGAUCACAGGCAGCCGUUAUGCGAAGGUUCUCAGCUUCUCUGGGCAACCUAGUCGGCACCCUUCCUGCGGUUAUAGCCGCGUUACGGGGUCCAUUGGGAGAAUCGGUGAGAGUUCGGAUACCGGGAACCGUGUUGGUGGAGCGGAUGGGGGACGCUAUCAAAGAACUCAACCAGGAGCAUGCAAUAUCGGUGGAGAUUCUGAAGGGGAUCCUUCCCCCGUCAUGGGUUGAGUGGGCCUUAGAACCGACAGGAGAAACCGGAAGGCGUCAGCCCACCGUUGCAGAACUGGCAGCACACGAUGGGGAAUCUACUACGCCGAGGAAAGCCCAGCACAAACUGGGCAAGGCGAUUAACAAGAUACAACUUGAAAAGUUCAUGGAGUCUCUGGAGCACCUCCCCCAGGAGGCGGUACCACCCACGCGGGACAACCCCUACGGAGGUCAAGAGGCCAGGAACAUGGCAUACGCACGAACGAGAAGCUCGCAAGGGCAAGGGGGGCACGCGUUCCUGAGAGCGGCUCCCACCGACCGAGCUCGAGAGAUUCCAUCGAACGAAUUCGUCUACGCGACGAGACGCGCCUUGGGAGUUGAAGAAUUCUUGGCGGAAAGAUGUCCCAGGUGCCACAGAGGCAGGGAAGGCGAGAUCAUCACAACGGUGCACGCAAGGACCUGUCGAAGGGAUGGAGCACAGGUCAACAUGCACGAGCCGUUAAAAUACGCACUAUCGAGAGCACUCAACGGCCUUCGCGUCAAACACGACGUUGAAAGCGGGGCACCGUUCACGGGGGAAAGAAACCUGAGCAUGGACAUCGUCAUCAGGCCAGGAGCCCUCACGAACGCAUCUUCUCCGGGGUACCGCAACAAAGGAAUACUCCUCGAUGUCACACACGCAGACCCGCAAGCACAGGUACACUUGCGGAACGGCAGCGCGACCAGCGAUGGAAUCGCAGCCCAAGCAUCCGAGGCGCGAAAGCGUCAGCACUACGCUCGUCCGGGACACGUGUCCUUUGACGAACGCAGCUUUAAACUUACCACCUUAGCCGUGGAAAGCUUUGGCCGCCUUGGAGAGGAGGGUUACGAGUUCAUCGAUGAACUUGCGACACAUGCCGUGGGAGGAAGGGACGGAGGAACGAUGGCUCUGAAAGGAGUCUUCAAGGAACGACUUCUUCAGAUCGUUUCGGUGGCUACACAGGUGGCCAUAUCUCGGCGAGUGCAGAGGUACAAGCUCGCAUUGCGCGGGCGUCAAGACGCCGAAAACAGGCGAACAAGAUCGACCUCGGACCAGUCAACGCCAAUGAUAUGGGGAUGGAGUGUAGACGCAUCGUAGAACGCGUUUUCGUUUGAAGUUGGCGUCUUGUUUGAGAGUAGAUGUGACAGAUUUGCGUAGAAUAGGGUAAGAUGUUAUCAUGAACGGAGAUGAAAGGGCUUUUCCAACACGGAGAUGUAGCAUGCAUCAAAGCAUUUGUUGGAUUUCAGCUUUUACAAGCGGACAUCAACGCAGUAGUAUUUUAGCAAGCUUACGAACGCAUAUAGGAUAACAUCAUCAGGAUUGUCAUUGUUGAAGAGGAGAUAUUUUUACGAUGUAAAUGACAGUAGAAAUAAGUCCUACAUAUGUUGUUGUAAAUCGUAUUGGUUUAGUAUUCAUGUAGAG